GAGUGUGCGACAGCUGCGCUCUGCGGGAAGGGGUCCUCCGCAGCGUCUGGAUUGCCACCCAUCCCCCUAACCCAGGCCUCCAGGUCUUGGAGAGACGCCGCCGCGGAGCCAGGAAGCAGGCCACAGCCCUCGCUACUCGCCCUGGGGAGAGAGGACGGCACUUCCCGGGUGCUCCCAGGCCCAGGAGGAGCUGGGCCAGCAAGAGUUGGGGACCUGGCCCCCCAGGAGACAACGGCCAUGUCUCGGCCAGGCCAGGGUGUGAUGGUGCCGGUGAACGGGCUGGGUUUCCCACCGCAGAACGUGGCCAGGGUGGUGGUGUGGGAGUGGUUGAAUGAACACAGUCGAUGGCGACCCUACACCGCCACUGUGUGCCACCACAUCGAGAACGUACUCAAGGAGGAUGCCAGGGGCUCUGUAGUCCUGGGCCAGGUGGAUGCCCAGCUGGUACCCUACAUCAUAGACCUGCAGUCCAUGCACCAGUUCCGACAGGACACAGGCACCAUGCGGCCGGUGCGACGCAACUUCUACGACCCGUCAUCCGCGCCAGGCAAGGGCAUCGUGUGGGAAUGGGAAAACGACGGUGGCGCGUGGACGGCCUACGACAUGGACAUCUGCAUCACCAUUCAGAACGCCUACGAGAAGCAGCACCCGUGGCUCGACCUCUCGUCGCUCGGCUUCUGCUACCUCAUCUACUUCAAUAGCAUGUCGCAAAUGAACCGCCAGACGCGCCGCCGCCGCCGCCUGCGCCGCCGCCUGGACCUGGCCUACCCGCUCACGGUGGGCUCCAUCCCCAAGUCCCAGUCCUGGCCGGUGGGAGCCAGCUCGGGUCAGCCGUGCUCCUGUCAGCAGUGCCUGCUGGUGAACAGCACGCGCGCCGCCUCCAACGCCAUCCUGGCCUCGCAGCGCCGAAAGGCGCUUAUUGCACAACCCGCGCCUCCAGCGCCCCCGCAGCCGCCGCCGCUGCCUCCUGGAGGGCCUCCGGGCGCGCUCGCGGUGCGCCCCAGCGCCACCUUCGCCGGGGCCGCGCUCUGGGCCGCGCCUGCCGCCGGUUCCACGGAAACUGCGCCGCCCCCCGGGGGUCCCCCGCGGAGCCCCAGCGCACCCAAUGGAGCGCCCACCCCGGGCAGGAACAACCUCAACCGUCCGGGACCCCAGCGCACCACCAGCGUCAGCGCUCGCGCCUCCAUCCCGCCUGGGGUCCCAGCGCUCCCAGUGAAGAACCUCAAUGGUUCCGGCCCGGUCCACCCAGCACUGGCAGGGAUGACCGGGAUCCUGCUUUGCGCGGCGGGGCUGCCGGUGUGCCUGACCCGCGCCCCCAAACCUAUCCUGCACCCGCCGCCAGUGAGCAAGAGCGACGUGAAGCCCGUGCCCGGCGUUCCCGGCGUGUGCCGCAAGACCAAGAAGAAACACCUUAAGAAAAGUAAGAACCCGGAGGAUGUGGUUCGCAGGUACAUGCAGAAAGUGAAAAACCCGCCAGACGAGGAUUGUACCAUCUGCAUGGAACGGCUGGUCACAGCAUCUGGCUAUGAGAGUGUGCUGAGGAACAAGAGCGUGCGGCCAGAGCUGGUGGGCCGCCUAGGCCGCUGUGGCCAUAUGUACCACUUGCUCUGCCUCGUGGCCAUGUACUCUAACGGCAACAAGGAUGGUAGCCUGCAGUGCCCCACCUGCAAGGCUAUCUAUGGGGAGAAGACCGGCACACAGCCACCGGGGAAGAUGGAGUUCCACCUCAUCCCACACUCGCUGCCUGGCUUCGCAGACACCCAGACCAUCCGCAUCGUCUACGACAUCCCCACGGGUAUCCAGGGGCCUGAGCACCCCAACCCGGGCAAGAAGUUCACCGCCAGAGGCUUCCCUCGACACUGCUAUCUGCCCAACAACGAGAAAGGUCGGAAGGUGCUGAGGUUGCUCAUCACCGCCUGGGAACGCAGGCUCAUCUUCACCAUCGGCACAUCCAAUACCACAGGCGAGUCGGACACCGUGGUGUGGAAUGAGAUCCACCACAAGACAGAAUUCGGUUCCAACCUCACAGGCCACGGCUACCCAGACGCUAGCUAUCUAGACAACGUGCUGGCCGAGCUCACUGCCCAGGGCGUAUCUGAGGCUGUGGCCAAGGCCUGAGGCCCAAGCUGCCUACUUUCUCCCUUGCUUUGCCCCUGCUCUGGCACAUGCCUCCCUCCGCCAGGCGGAAGGAGCUGGAAGCACUGAGGGCAUCUGGCUGGUGGCUGUUGGGAUGAUGGGAGCAUACCAGGUCAGCCGGCUCCAACCUGUAGCUUCCUGAGAGGGUCGCAGAGAGAGGACCACCUACUAUGGUGACCUCUCUGCAGAAAAGAUGGAGCUCUGCCCUUCACACAACACACGUGUCCUUUUGAACACACGCACGCACGUACACCCACGUGCCUGAUUUCCCCAAAACUGGGGGAGAAGAGACAGAAAGGCCCCCUGUGACGCCCCCUGUGACCUCCACCCAUGUCUCUAUAGGCUUGUCCUCUCCCUGGGACUUGGGUUAAGCACUGUGGGGUGAGGGUUUGUAAGGCUCCUAGGGGACAGUCUGCCCCUGUGCCUCACUCCUAACCCUGUGCCAAGCUCUGCCACCCACCCACUGGGGACUGUAAGCCCGUGUGGUAGAAGCCCCAAGUUUACUAAGUUGCCUUCCGCAGGCAUUAGGGACAGGCUGUCUUAUUUUGUGCUUGUGUCUCUUUGUCCCCUUGGGACCCCCGACUCUUUCCCCAUUUCCAGACCUCUGUCUACCGCAGACAAAGGUGGUGUUUUUCCCUCUCUUCUGCUGCUCUCCACCAAACCGCUCUGGACUUUGAGUGAGGCCCACAUUGAAGAUGGAGAAGGAACAGCUAAGAAGUGGGCAGUGGGUGGCUGAUAACUCUGGCCAACCAGGGGCCCGUUGCCCAGGCAACUCACCAGCUCCGCCUCUGAGGAUUGGCUGCCAGGAUGGAAGUCAGCCAAGCUUUAAAGGGACGCCCGAGAUUGCUCUUUUGAAAAUCCUACCAGUCCCACAGUGGGUGGAGAAAUAAAUGCUCUUUCUCCUCCUCA